CAACACUAAGAUUAAAACAAAAAAAAAAAUUUGCGGUUAAACAAGUUUUCGAAAUCUCACAAACUGUUAACAGAGCAGCUGAGCUAAUGUUGAAAAGCGCGAAAGAAAGGGAGAGAGAAAGAUAGUUUUUCUUUCUCCCAUAACGAGACGAGAGGGAAUUAAAAUUUCCCGUUAUAAUAAUAAUAAUAAUAAUAAUAUAUUUAAUAUUUAAGAUAUAAUAUAAAAUAAAUCAAACUAUAGCAGUUGUGCGUGUGUUUGUGUAUAUGUGCGUUGCAUGUUCGAACGGAAGCAAUAAUAUCGAUCAAUAAUAAUAAAAAUCAUAGCACGCUUUCAAUUAACUUUAAUUUCUCUGAUUUACUACACAAUCAGAAUUUAAGAGAGUGCCAGAGAGUGGAGUGGAAGCCUACAAUGGCAGUAUCCUGCCCUGAAGUUAUGUACGGUGCUUAUUAUCCAUAUUUGUAUGGCCGUGCUGGACCAAGUCGUUCAUUUUAUCAAUAUGAAAGAUUUAAUCAGGAUUUGUAUUCAUCAUCCGGCGUACAAUUGGCCUCGUCCAGCGCCUCAGGCAGUUCACAUUCGCCCUGCAGCCCCAUAUUACCGCCAUCGGUGAGUGCAAAUGCGGCAGCCGCUGCCGUGGCUGCUGCCCACAAUACCGCAGCUGCUGUUGUGGCCGCUGCUGCCCAAACAGCAAAUCAGGCUUCCUCCAGUUUAAGUGCAAAUUUACCAUUAAGUACGGGCAGUAGUAGUAGUGGUGGUGGCGGCAUUGGUGCUAACAUUGGUAGCGGCUCUGGUGUCGUAGCCAGCAGUACCGGCGGUCUAAUCGGUUCGAACAUCGGCAAUACACUGCACAGUAGAACACAUACCAAAGAAGAAGAUCUGGGUGCUGUGCCACGAAAUGAUGCAGAAGCACGUUUGGUGGGCGUUCAUCAUCAUAAUGAGUCGUCUUGUUCCUCGGGUCCUGAUUCUCCACGUCAUCAUAAUACGUUACAUGGUGCCGCCGGCGGCGGUGGCGGUAGUGGGGGCGGUGGCGGUGGCGGUGCUCACUCAAAGGAUAUGCCCUUAGAUUCAACGGGCUUGGCAAGCGGUCAAGGGAGAGCUCAGUAUUUAUCAGCAACCUGCGUAGUAUUUACCAAUUAUUCGGGUGACACAGCCAGCGUAGUGGAUGAGCACUUUUCGCGAGCUCUCAAUUUCAAUAAUAAAGACAGUAAAGCCAGCAGUCCUAUGUCAGCCCGCAAUUUCCCACCUUCGUUUUGGAAUAGCAAUUACGUGCAUCCCGUGACAGCGCCCACACAUCCGCAGAUGAGUGAUUUGUAUUCGUCGGAUGGCGGCUAUGCAACCGAUCCUUGGGUACCGCAUGCUGCCGCCGCCCAUUAUGGUACAUACGCUCAUGCAGCUCAUGCUCAUGCGGCUCAUGCCCAUGCCUAUCAUCAUAAUAUGGCCCAAUAUGGAAGCCUUUUACGUUUGCCACAACAGUACGGCCACAGUUCAAGACUGCAUCAUGAUCAGCAGACCGCUCAUGCAUUAGAAAGUGCUGCCGCUUACUCCAGUUAUCCAACAAUGGCCGGUCUCGAAGCCCAAGUUCAAGAAUCAUCAAAGGACUUAUAUUGGUUCUAAGAAUGAUACCCAAGAGAUCAUAAAAUGCCUGAGCGAUCAACUGCUACUUUCAAAAGCGAAUCAUUUGACUCAACGUAAAAAAAAAAAAAA